AUGGCGGCCGUAUUCAUGCGUGUCGGUGAACUGGCGUGUCAGAAAGACUCGUUCCUGCGGGAGUUGACCGCAACUGUUGUCUCGUGCGAGCCGGCCAAGAUGGCAGUGGCAGCGGCGAAGAAGGCGAGGGGCACCAGCAGCGACACAGUGGCGUACGACGUUAUUCUGAGCGACUCCGUCCUUUUUCCAGAAGGUGGUGGUCAGCCCUGCGACUACGGCACACUGCGAGUGGUGUCGGGCGAUGAUAACAAGGCCGAUCCCUCGUGUGAAGCCACCGCCGCGCCACCGCUCUCCAUUACGAACGUGCGCCGAGUCGGGGACACAUGCGUGCUCACCAGCCCCGCCCCCCUCCCCGUGGGGGCUACGGUGCACCAGAUGGUAGACUGGCCCCGUCGGAUGGACCACAUGCAACACCACACCGGCCAGCACCUGCUCACUGCCGUGGUAGAGCGCAAGGACACGCUGUCGUUGCCCACCGUGAGCUGGUCCCUAACGCACCCUUACUGCUUCAUCCAGGUGGACGUUGGCAGCUACGCAAGCGACCCGGCCUCGCCGUAUCACGCUUACAUCACCAAGGAGAAGAAAAUCGCGGACGAAAUGGUGACGAAGAUCGAGGCGCUCUGCAACGACGCGAUCUCACACAGCACUGCCGUGGAGUGCGACGUGUUCGAAAAUCGGGAGACGUAUAUGCGGGAGCAGGAUCGCCGCCAUCAGGCGGCUGCGGCCUCGGCAGACGGCGGCGAGGAAGCCUUUCGAAGCCGUGGCAUCCCAGAGGACGUGACUGGACCAAUUCGCAUCAUCUCGCUGGACGCCAUCGACAGCUGCACCUGCUGCGGCACACACCUGCACACACUGGCAGAGCUGCAGGCCAUGUACCUCCUCCACCAAGAGGUGAAAGGGACGCUAGUGAAGCUGUACUUUAUCACUGGCGAGCGGGCAGCGCAGCAGUUCCAUGCCAUGUAUCAGCGGGAGCGGCAUUUGAUGCCGGAGUUGGGUGGCAGCAGACCCAACGACUUUGUCUCCGUCGUGCAGCGCCGUUCCAAGGAUGCGACGGACCUUGAGAAGCUGAUGAAGCGGUGGACACUGGAGCUAGCGAGUGUAGAAGCGCAGCGCAUCGCCGCCACCGUGCCAUCGUCGCACGCCGCUGCCGUCACGGUACCCCUGCGUCGCGACGACGUAGAUCUCGAGUUCUUCAACGAGGUCCGCGCACGGCUCGAUGCAGUAGGGCUGCGCCGCGUCGUUCUCGUUUCCGCGUGGGCGGCAGAGCGGUGUACGGCAGGCACGCUCGCCAGCACGAAGGAUGUAGCGGGCCAGGUCUUCGUCUCCGGCGGGGAGACGCCUGUGGACAUGGAGAAGGCUGUCCAGCUGGUGAAGGAAACCCUAGAGGGGAUGAAAGGGGGCACCUCCAAGCUGGGUUUCCGUGGGAAGGGCAGUCUGAAGGAGUGGGACACCCUCGUGGCGCGUCUGAAGGAGUAG